AUGGACUUUCUCAAGGCAGAGAUUGCUAGCAAGCGCAAGGCGGCUGAGUUUGCCUCUGCCUCUUCGGCUGUUGGCUCCUCGGCGUCUGCCACCGAUGCUCCACCGUCAAAGUACAUGCGCAGAGGCGAUCUCGAAAAGCUGCGCGAGCAACAACAGCGUUCCGCCUCGCCUUCCUCCUCGGCCUCCUCUGCGCCCGCGUCGUCUUCCCCGAACAAGCGGCUGAAAUCGGACCAAGUCGACAGCUCCACCUCGUCUGGCUUGAGUCCAGGUAUCAAAGCAGCACUAGAUUCCGCAGCAGGUGAAGUGGAGCACGAAAAAUUCAACGUAUCCAACGACGAAGCGGUUCGUCGGCUGCGUGCCAAAGGCGAACCUAUUCGAAUUUUCGGCGAGUCGGAUAAAGAGCGAAGGCUGCGACUGAGAGCAUUGGAGCUGAUAGAAGAAAAAGGAGGCAGAUCGUUGGGUCAAAACGAUUUCAGAAAUGCUUUGCAAAGUGCAGAAAGUGCGACGGCGUUGGAGUUGCUUGAGAAGCGCAAUGCUGCAAGUCAAGGCAGAGUGGAGCGAGCCAAGCUAGAGCAGAGCGAGCAAGACGCUGCAACGGCUGCUGCUAUAGGCGAUGCUGAAAAAGUGCGCGCGGAUGCGGAUCAAGCUCAAGGUACAAGUUCGGACGCUCAAGGGGCUGGGGUGGGGGAAAGCUCCAAAGCAAGUUUUCGACAAGGCGUUGGAAUGAGCAGUGUGCUAGAUCUGAACCUGAUCAAAACCGACAUCGACCGCGUCUAUCCGAUGAUCUACUACACGCUCAAAGGGUUGCUUGAAGAAUGGGCUGAGUCUCUCGCCUCGCGACCGGACCAGGUGAAACACACGAUGCAGGGUAAACUCGCCGCGGCGACGCAAGUGCAAUCUGCCGACUACCUAAAACCGCUGUUCAAAAAGCUGCGCAAACGUGCUCUGACUCCAGACGUGCUCAUGCGCAUCGCCGAAAUCGUCCACUACAUGCAACGACGCCAGUACAGGAACGCCAAUGAUUCGUACCUCCAACUCUCGAUUGGCAACGCCCCCUGGCCUAUCGGUGUCACCAUGGUCGGCAUCCACGAAAGAUCCGGUCGCGAAAAGAUCUUCAGCAGCAACGUCGCUCACGUACUCAACGAUGAGGUCUCCAGAAAGUACAUUCAGAGCUUGAAGAGGCUCAUGACAUUUGCUCAAACAAAAUAUCCUCCGGACGAUCUCAGUAUGAUGAUGGGCUGA